GGAGAGAGGGAGCCGGUGUCCUAUGUCAGAGCCGCCGCCGGGGAGGAGCAGCCGCUGCCGCCCAGGACUGGGCCCUUAGGGAGGAGGAGGCGAGAAGAUGGCGGACGACCCCAGUGCUGCCGACAGGAACGUGGAGAUCUGGAAGAUCAAGAAGCUCAUCAAAAGCUUGGAGGCGGCCCGCGGCAAUGGCACAAGCAUGAUAUCACUGAUCAUUCCUCCCAAAGACCAGAUAUCACGAGUGGCAAAAAUGUUAGCAGAUGAGUUUGGGACUGCAUCUAACAUUAAAUCACGAGUCAACCGCCUUUCAGUCCUGGGAGCCAUUACAUCUGUACAACAAAGGCUCAAACUUUAUAACAAAGUACCUCCAAAUGGUCUGGUUGUUUACUGUGGAACAAUUGUAACAGAAGAAGGAAAGGAAAAGAAAGUCAACAUUGACUUUGAGCCUUUCAAACCAAUUAAUACGUCAUUAUAUUUGUGUGACAACAAAUUCCAUACAGAGGCUCUUACAGCGCUACUCUCGGAUGAUAGCAAGUUUGGCUUCAUUGUAAUAGAUGGUAGUGGUGCACUUUUUGGCACACUCCAGGGAAACACAAGAGAAGUCCUGCACAAAUUCACUGUGGAUCUUCCAAAGAAACACGGUAGAGGAGGUCAGUCUGCCUUGCAUUUUGCCCGAUUAAGAAUGGAAAAACGACACAAUUAUGUUCGGAAAGUAGCCGAGACUGCUGUGCAGCUUUUCAUUUCUGGGGCCAAAGUGAAUGUGGCUGGUCUCGUUUUAGCUGGAUCAGCUGACUUUAAAACGGAACUAAGUCAAUCUGAUAUGUUUGAUCAGAGAUUGCAAUCCAAAGUUUUGAAAUUAGUUGAUAUCUCCUACGGUGGUGAAAAUGGAUUUAACCAAGCUAUUGAGUUAUCUACUGAAGUCCUCUCCAACGUGAAGUUCAUUCAAGAGAAGAAAUUAAUAGGACGAUAUUUUGAUGAAAUCAGCCAAGACACGGGCAAGUACUGUUUUGGAGUUGAAGAUACACUAAAGGCUCUGGAAAUGGGAGCUGUAGAGAUUCUAAUAGUCUAUGAAAAUCUGGAUAUAAUGAGAUAUGUUCUUCAUUGCCAAGGCACAGAAGAGGAGAAAAUUCUCUAUCUAACUCCAGAACAAGAGAAGGAUAAAUCUCAUUUCACAAAUAAAGAGACAGGACAAGAACAUGAGCUGAUUGAGAGCAUGCCCCUACUGGAAUGGUUUGCUAAUAACUACAAAAAAUUUGGAGCUACUUUGGAAAUUGUCACAGAUAAAUCACAAGAAGGAUCC